AAAGCCGCAGGGGCGAGAGCCUCGCUCCUAGGUGACUCCCGGCGGGCUAGCCCGGCGUUAGUGCGAGCUCCAGGCCACAGCGGGCGCCCCUCUGGCGAGCGUAUAUCCCUACAAGACGCCGAGAAUCUGGGGCCCAGAUGGUUAACCCCCACCCCCACCGCCAAACCCAGUGUUGUAACCCUGUCCCCACUUUCCUCUCGAUUUUGGGCCGUGGAGUCAGGGAGCUGACUCACAACCACAGGGGGAAGCUGGGAGCUCGCCUGUGAAGGCAGAAUUAAGUAAGGGCAUCUUCUUGAAAAGCCUUAACGUUUCCUUCAUGUCGUCUUGCAAAGCUUAAUGUUUGUGGUCCAAGUGCUGCCACCAGUGAGUUUCCAGCAGGUGCUGUGGAAACCUUGGCCAAUACCAGUCGGCCACUCCCUCGCGGGGGCGUGUUUCUGGGCUUUCUCAUUAUCAAUUAGUUGGACAUUGCAGGUAAAUGUGUCCUAGCCUUACAAAGCCUGUUCUGAUCUACAGCUCCCUGCUCAAGGAACACCAGGAGACAGACAGCAGGUGGUGGGGUACGCCACAGGUAUUGUGCUUCUGCCACUUACCAAGUUACAGUUUCUGAUGAAAGCUGAUUCAUAGGAUGAAGCCAUCAUAUUUGAAUUUUGAGGUGAAACUUGUGGGUUGCACGCAUAACAGACUGAGGUGCUGCUAAACCGUGUUGUGAUUAUAGUUGCUCUUGCAAGUUUCCUCAUUCAUCCUGGUAGACAACGAAUAUUAUUUUCAUUGUCCAGCAUAGCACCUGGCCCAUGGCAGGUGCUUGGUAAAUACCUCAAUGACUUUAUACUGCCCUGCACAUUCUGCAGAAUUAGAGUGAUCUUCUCCCAUCACCUGUAAAUCUGGGGGUAUUUUUGCCUAGGUUGGCACUGCUAGCAUUCUUUAAAAUGGUAUUUUGUAAAAGAAACACUGUGUUCUUACUGUUUGUGGAAGAAAUUCUGAGGUUUCCAAUGAUCUCAAAUGCUGAGCAAUGAAAGGAGACUGAAUAACAUAACUAUGAUCUGUGUUUUUCUUCUGUAUUCACAGAAUCUUAUCAUCAUUACCUCUCUUUAUAUAUUUUUCUUUUACCUCCCCCAACAAAAUGAAAGAAUUCUAUAAUGAAAAGGGUGAAGAAAAGAUGACUUUAUUUCAAUUGAGCAGACAGGCAUGUCAAGCAAAUGAAGACAGAAGAACACAUAGUCAAGAGUAUAUUGGGAGAGGGUAAACGGAUUCUUUUUAAUGAUUCACAGCAACCACAUUUAUCCCCUACUGUUACUGGGAGAAAAAUGUCUUCAGAUAACCAGUGGUCAGCAGAUGAGGACAAAGGCCAAUUAUCUCGACUGAUCAGGAAAUCUAGGGACUCCCCCUUUGUCCCUAUAGGGAUAGCAGGCUUUAUAACUGUGGUGUCCUAUGGUCUUUACAAGUUAAAGUACAGAAGAGAUCAGAAAAUGUCCAUUUAUCUUAUUCAUAUGAGAGUUGCUGCCCAAGGAUUUGUUGUAGGAGCUGUGACUCUAGGUGUUCUCUAUUCUAUGUAUAAGGAUUACAUUAGACCUCGAUUCUUCAAUGUGUCCAAAAAAUGAAGUUACAUACAAGAG